AUGUCUACCUCAGCUAUCACUGAAAAGUCAUUAACAUCUACCACUUCCUCCUUACUGACAGCUACAGCCAGUUCAGCUACUACUAAAACAUGUACUUCCAAAGUUGUGGAAACUAUAUCCACCACCACCCCUGCAGCAGUAACUAUGGCUACCUCAGCUAUCACUGAAAAGUCAUUAACAUCUACCACUUCCUCCUUACUGACACCUACAGCCAGUUCAGCUACUACUAAAACAUGGUCACUAAACCCAAACACCACCUUAGUUUCCAGUGGAACACUGUCAACAACACUUGCUACUACCUCUACACCAACAACUAGAGAAAUGUCAAUUGAGAAGACAUGCAGCUAUAAUGAACAGACAUACAAGGCAGGGGACAAAUGGACAGAUCCUGCCCAUCCCUGCAAGUCAUUUAGCUGCAGCAAAGAAGGGAUUCAGACUGAGACUAAAGUCUGUCCCAAAGAAAGCUGCCCCGAGGAGGACAGAAUUUGGGAUGACCAGCACUGCUGUUAUACAUGUAAAAGGGGCUGUGUUCCCAGGGUGUCCAGCUUCAACAUCACCAUAGAAAACUGUUCUACUGUAAUACAGAUACCCGCGUGCCAGGGACAAUGUUCGUCUCAAUUGAGGGUGCUGGUGUUAAAUGGUGACUUGAUAUUGCAGCAGGAGCGCAAAUGCUGCGUGGAGCAGAACUCAGAGAGGAAAUCGAUGACCCUGCACUGCUCUGACCUGACUACCAGACAAUACGCUUACAAGCACAUCACCAGCUGUGUGUGUGAAUCUUGCAGCAGGAUCUGAAAUGUAGAGCUAGCAAAACCAAGAUGAAGCCAUUUGAAAUCAUUAGAUUAAAUAGAAUUCAAAUCUAAUU